AUGAACAGUCUGGUGGCCACACCUCCUGUUCCUCCUCAUUUCUACGAGCACUCUCGAUUCUCUCCCUCCCGUAUAAUGUCGACACCUUCAUCGUCCUACACCAGCCGCAAGCGGAAAGCCGAUGAUGAUGGCAAUGACCAUGAUGGACGCAUGUCCGCCUCUCCUACCAACUCGCCCGCCUUUACUCCUCGCCAGCUCCCCCUUCCUUCCGCAAUAUCAAACGAUCCCGACCAAAUGUCUCUGGCAGACCUCUUGCUCUUCCCCGUCUCUUAG